AUGAGUCUGAACGUCACGCCUGAGAGCACGGCCGCGAACAAGGAGCGGCAGGCCGAGUCGAUCCGCGACGAGUGGAUCAAGGUCAUGCAGAUCCGUCUCGUGCGUGAGGAGCUGCAAAAGUGCUACCGUGCCGAGGGCGAGAACCACUACCAGGUGUGCGCGCCGAUCGUGAGCGUGUACGACGAUCUGCUCAAGGAGGCCAAGGUCAAGGGCUACCGCACCAUCGAUGCCUAG